ACGUUGCCUAGUUACACACUAUGGUUACACAGCCCGUGUCCAGCUCUCUCAGCAUCCAGUCCUGACAUAACCAGCUAUCUUUGAUAGGCUACCGAGCAGAAGACAUCGUUCCUAACAGGACUAAAGGCUGGAUAAAUGUAAAUGUAAUGGCAUGACAGCUUGUUUAUCGUGCGGCCCAGUCACAGGAGAGAAUCUGUCAGAUUCAGCUUUUACUCCUGUGCUAAGUGUUGGGACACACUGACAUGUUCAGCCGUCGUGAACUAGAAGGCGAAGUGGACUUUUCUUUUUUUGAUAGCGACUGUGACGACAACAACACCAGCAAAGAUGAAGGGAAGGAGUUGGACAAGAGUUUGAAAGCUGAAAAUGAGAGCCUGUCAGUGCCUGAGCAACUGCAUGCCAGACACAGUCAGAGUGCCGGGGCUUUUGUAGGUGGAGGGACAAAAAUCCACCCAAAACAAGUGGAGAAGAGCAACACCAUUGCAGCAGAAAAUAAAGAGUACAGCUAUGGAUCGCAGACAGAAGAGCUGAGCAGGAUAUCCACAACAUCACUGGUUGCCUGUGCAUCAGAAAAAGUGACGCGUGAUGGUGGUGACGGUGACGUUUCACGUUUGCACUCUAAAAGACUCAAUGAAACAUUUAUAGCUUUGCUGGCUGAGAGCAGAGAGGUGGAUGAGGAGGACGGCUACCACCAGAGUCAAAAUGAGAGCGAAGAUGAUGAGGGGUUAUCGUCCACUCAUAGGUACUCAGGCUCAAAAGGGAGGAAUGGAAGCGCUUGUAAGAAGCUGACAAGAAAGCGUCACCCUCGUAGUCCUUCUCCCCCUUCAACAGAGGCAGGCGCAGACAGCGACACAGACAGCUCCUGUGGCAGUAGCGAUGUGAGCUGCAGUUUGGAGCCCCUCACCUUGACCAAGCCAAAGACCUCCCUUGCCUCUUCAUCCCCCAGAGUGAGGAGGACCAGCGCAGGUUCAGCAGGGUCUCGAGGUUGGCCUGCCAGCCGUACAGAGGAGUGUGAGGACACGGUGACGGAUGUGACCCCCCUCUCCACUCCUGACAUAAGCCCAAUCCAGUCACUGGACCUGAGCCAGGGAUGUAGAGUGACAGAGACUGAAUAUGGAGGUCUAAAAGAGCUGCAGCCAGAGAGUGUGCCCUCCAGUGGCCUUAGCAACACACCCCAGGAUGAUGAGAACUCUGAUCACGAUGUGGAUGAUUGUUCUAUCCGUUCAGAGAGUCAAGUUGGAGGUGAGCUGGUCUUCCAGCGUCCUGGAGGGAGGGACAGGAAGAACUACUCUUUCAGCAAUGAUGAGGUCCGACGCAUAGAUCGAGAGAACCAGCGGCUUCUGCGAGAGCUGUCGCGCCUGUCCUCCAGGCCAGGAAGUACAGUAGGGAAGAAACCCCAAGCAGCAAAAAACUCACCUGUCGUUCGCCUCUCUCACAGCGCAAUCAACAGGCAGCGGGAACAGAAGCGCAUCGAGAGGGAGAACCUGGCAUUCCUGAAGAGGUUGGAGUCUGUCAAGCCCACUCCUGGCAUGAAGUGCUCAGAGCAGCUGGCAGACUACCAGCGUCAAGCCAGAUACCUGGGAGCUUCCUCUUACCCCAUCUAUAGGUCCACGUCUAAAAAAGAGAGGCCAUCCAGCAAGAUGCCAUCAGGUAGGAGCCCCAGACCAGCCAGUGCUGCUCACCACGGCUCUAGAGCAGUCUCUGCCACCGUUGACUCCACCACAGCACCUGCAAACCGGUCCAGAAAGGCCUCUGCUCCACGACCAGCUUGGUGCUGAGAACGUCACUUUAUUUACAGGAAGUUCAGCCAUUUGAAUUUUUCCCUUUAUUCCAAAACGUAGAGCUCAAAAAGCACAAAGUCUUUUUUACAUAUAGUGGGAACAGCAUACGCUUUGAAAUAAAUUUUGAUUUAGUGUUACUCAAAUAAUUUAAUUGACUGGUCCAGUGAAUGUGUUUAUGUGCUUAUGUGCUGCAAAUGAGUGAAGGUGUGUUUAAUUUUGGCCCUUUGAUCUGAAAGAGAGUAAAUGCUUAGCUGAGGGAGCCCUAACUUUGUAAGGUGCUGUGAAUAUUUUACUUUGGCUUCUGAAAACCAUUAUAGCUCAUUUAAAAAGUGCUUGCUAUAUUUUUGUAUACAGCCUGUACUUGCAUAGUUUUGUUGAAAUGUUAACAGUGACAGAAAUGCCAUUAAAAAGAGUGCUGCAAAUUGUGCAUAUGCUCCCAUUUAUGUCUUUUGUAAAAGAAAAAACAUUUCAAAUGCUUUUUGAUGUAGAGUUAUCUUUUUGCUCUCUUGAGAAAUUAAAAUUUUAAAAAUGAUUAUCUUUUUAUUGCA